AUGGAAGAAUCUCCGAUUAAUCCCUCUACCCCCAAAGAUGAGGUGGAACUUAACGAUGAGAUGAAAAUUAUAGAUGCUCCUCUGGUUCCCGUUCCCACAGCAGCAGGUGCAACAUCUCCAGAGGAUGACCCACUCAAUGGCAUUCUUCAAAGGCAGAGACUCUUGCGCCAACAACAGCAGCAGAAGCAACAACUCCAAGGUAGAAUCAGAGUAAGGCAACAGAAACUCAAGAUGACCUUUUUCGGCUACAUCAUGGUGUUGAUCUUCUUCGCCAUGCUACAAUUCAUAGGUGUGAUAACCUUUACACAGGGGUUCUUGUUGUCGAGAAAUGUUUUGCCCGACAUUGCCGAUUCCCAGCUAGAUCCGCAAUUGGUGAUGUCGACGCCCCCAGUGUACGACAAGAUGAUACUCUUGGUUAUAGAUGCGUUAAGGUUUGACUUUGUGAUACCCGUGGAAGACGAGAAUGAGAAAGGUAAGCCUUACCACAAUCAAUUCCCUGUACUAUAUGAGAUGUUUCAAAAGUACCCGGAGAAUUCCAUUUUAUUGAAGUUUCUUGCAGACCCACCAACCACCACUUUGCAGAGAUUGAAGGGGUUGACAACGGGCUCAUUGCCAACUUUCAUCGAUGCUGGCUCCAACUUCGAUGGAGAUGCCAUAGAUGAGGACAAUUGGUUGUUACAGUUGCACAAGCACAACAAAUCCAUUGCAUUUAUGGGUGACGACACCUGGAAGGCACUCUUCACCGAGUAUAUUAACCCCGAUUUGUUCUUCCCCUUUGACUCUUUGAAUGUUUGGGAUUUACACACUGUGGACAAUGGGGUUAUAGACAAUAUGAUGCCAUUACUUGAAAAGAAAAGGCAACCAGAAUGGGAUGUGCUUAUUGGCCAUUUCUUGGGUGUCGAUCAUGUGGGGCAUAGAUACGGACCAGAUCAUAACGCAAUGAAGCCGAAACUCAGCCAAAUGGACGAUGUCAUAAGGCAGGUUAUAGAAAAACUAGAUUCCAAUACCUUACUCUGUGUUAUGGGAGAUCACGGAAUGGACUCUACUGGAAACCAUGGAGGUGACUCUAAAGAUGAAUUGGAAAGCACAUUGUUUAUGUAUUCCAAGAAUAAAAAGAGUGGAUUCAAGAGAAUGGACCAACUGGAAUACAAUGUUGAUGACUUAGGUGCAAACUUCCGUACAGUAAAUCAAAUUGAUUUAGUACCUACACUCUCCUUGUUAUUGGGAUUACCAAUUCCCCAUAAUAACUUGGGAUCACCAAUUCAAGAAGUAUUUGGCAAGAACUUUCAAGAAGCGUCAAUAAAGACUACAAAGCAAAUUCAGAAAUUUAGGACAGUUGCAGGAUUAGAUGAAGAUGAGAGCUUGAAUGAUAUUUACGUCUCAAUAAUUGAAGGCGGAUCUGACCCCUCUACGAUUGAGUUCAGUAAAGCUUACCAAUCCAAGUUCCUUGAGCAAUGUAAGGCUAUGUGGGCUACAUUUGACUUAAAACUUAUAAUAAUAGGGGUGUUGAUCCUUUUUGCAUCAUUCACAUUUGUCGUAACAUAUUCAAGGCUAAUCCCCUCGGUUAGAGUACUGACGAUGUCAUUUGAAUUUAUUGGUUCAGUUAUUGCAAUGAUGUUACUCGGACUAGUUCUCCUGUUUUCAGUGUACGUUGUCUUAGGGCCUGUCGACUUUUCCUUCAGAAGAUGCGCUGCAAUUGGCUCAUCCAUUGGUAUAUUUGUGGGAUUAUGGGCACCGAUAAUGGAUAGAUUCAGCGUUGCUUGGCUUUUGCAUCAACUUUACGAUUUUUUCAUCUAUAACUUCAAUGGAUGGUCGGUGUUAGGAAUAUCAUUUAUAAUUGGCCACUCGUUGAUAUUUGCAUCCAACUCCUUCGUUGUUUGGGAAGACAAGAUGAUUCAUUUUUUCAUUCAGACAUUUGGAUUUUAUUGUCUUGCUCAAUGUACUAUAAAGAUUUCCAGUAAGAAGGAAAGGGUAUUGGCCAUAGCACAUUGCAUUUCAUUCUUAAUAAUGAGUAGAUUGAUCUCAGGGAUUACUUUGUGUAGAGAAGAACAACAACCUUAUUGUCAAUCAAAUUUCCAGACUUCGUGGUGGUCCAUUUUGGGAUUGUAUGGAGUGGCCCUUAUCUUACCAAGAAUGGUCAAGUCUUUCUACACAUUGUCGGAUUCUUAUCAUUCCGCUGCCCCAUUAUGGAUUGGCACUGGUUUGACCUUUUUAUUGUACGGAAAUGCAAUCUACUGGACUUUAGAGUAUGUCCAGUCGAACAACGGAGGUGAUAGUGCCUAUGUUAUAAUUGAAUGGUUAGAAAACUUCAAGAUAGUGAACGAUGAAUUGCCAAUAAAUCGAAUUUUAACGAAUUUACAGUCAAUCUUUAGUUCCGUUAGCAAAACCAUAUUCCUAGCUGUGUCAGUUGGAGAACCAUUAAUCGUGUCAAUAAAGUUAGCUAUUGCACGUAUAUCGAUGUUUAUUACGCUUAUCUUGGCCAACUACAGUUGGUCAAGGGGACCAUUGUGUGUGAAACUUUCUGAGCAAAGUCCAAGUGAUGACUAUUUAGCUGAAGAAGUAUCUGACGAAGAUGCAUCCAAUAGCAACAGCAAGAAAAAUUCGGUUGUCAUUUUAGGGUAUCAAAAUGUUUAUGGGUCAUCAUAUUUUCUCCUCGUGUUGAAUUUUGCGAUUCCUAUAAUGCUUGUCACCAAACCUUUAGGAGCAAUCUCACUUAGUAUGCUUCUAAUCCAAAUAUUGACUUUACUAGAACUUUUCCAGAUUUUAAACUUGCGUGGUAACUUAAUUUCACCGGUGAUGUUUGGAUUGAUAGCCUAUCAACAUUUUUAUAGUACUGGCCAUCAAGCAACUUUGCAAUCAAUUCAAUGGGAUGUUGGUUUCAUUACCACGGAAACAAUUACAUUCCCGUUUACUCAUUUGAACCUUGCCUUGAAUACAUUUGGUUCAUUUAUUUUAAUAAGUAUUGCAGUGCCAUUAAUUACAUUAUGGAAGAUCCCUCCUAGUUCUAAACCAAUUACUGUAUUAUCACAAAUUGUGACAAAUGUCACUUCAUUAUUAACUUAUCAAACAAUUAUAAGCACAUCAAGUUUGGCAUUUGCAGGACACUUUAGAAGACAUUUGAUGGUAUGGAAGAUAUUUGCGCCUAGGUUUAUGUUGAGUGGCAUUUUGUUAUUACUGAUGAAUGUAAUCAUGAUUGUUAUUACAGUUUGGUUCGGCUCAGGUAAGCUAUUGACCCAAGUGAACAGAAUUUUUGGGAAAUAA